UGAACUUCAUAUAUGAUUUUAAUUUGGACAUUUAAGAAUUUUCAACGGUCAACUCAUAACUUCCCUGAGUUUUCUUCUCUAAUAGCCCUAUUUCUCUCAUCAUCUUACAGAACUAAGCAAGCUCAAACUCCCCUUGGCCUUCCCUGUCUCUUACGCACUCGCAGGUAAUUCCAGCAAUUGCCCCACCGUUGAGACAUGGAUUCAUUACCGGAUUCUAUUUCCGACCACUUUCCUAUCCUGUACUACGUUCUUUACCAACUCGAUUCUAUUUCUGGUACAUCCAACUUACAGCUUCCUCCCAAAACUAAACAAUCGGUACUCACCCAGUUGUCACAUCUCAACAAUCCUAAAGUCUUGGCCUCUAUGAUCGAAGUAAUCCCCGACAACCUCACCAACACUCUGUCAGCCCUCAUUUCACUCGGCCCACCCCCCGAUCCCUCCGCUAUUGCAGCCGCUCGUGAGAAGAUCAUUGAAAUCCAAUCUGGUCUCCAAAAGAGUCUACAAGAGAUGGAGGCCGAAGGCAUUGAUGAUCUCGUUGAGAGACAGAACAAGCUGAGAAAAGCAGCAGAGAAGGAAACGCAGAUUUAUAAGAUGGUGGAUAGGGUCGUGGAGAUCCAUGAAGCCUAUAAGAAAGAGUUGAGUUCUGCCGAGGAUCGUCUCGUCGAAGUUUAUGGAUCGGCUGCUGCAGAGUUGGAAAAGGAGACCGACUUGGACGUUAACGAAGAAGUCAUUAGAAUUUUGAAAGAGGCUGAGAGUGGUGUGGUGGAGAAGGUUGACCUUUUUGGGCAACAAAUCAAGUUUCUUCCUGAGGGGUUUGGGAAACUUCGCCGAUUGAUUGAGAUUAAUCUAUCGCACAAUCAACUAAAGGUUCUUCCUGAUUCUAUAGCUGGGCUUCAGAAACUAGAACGCCUGGAUAUUUCCUCAAAUCUUUUGGAGUCAAUUCCUGAUUCGAUCGGGCUAUUGGUUAAUUUGAAGGUCAUGAAUGUAACAGGAAACAAGCUGUAUAUGCUUCCUGAAACCCUUACUGGUUGCAGUUCGUUGGUGGAGUUGGAUGCAAGCUUUAACGAUCUACGAAGUUUGCCAAUAAAUAUUGGAUAUGGAUUGAUUAAUCUUGAAAGGCUAUCAAUCCAGCUUAACAAGAUAUGUUAUCUUCCUGCGUCAAUAUGUCAGCUCAAGUCUCUUAGAUAUUUCGAUGCACACUUCAAUCAACUCCAUGCUUUGCCUCCUGACGUUGGAAGGUUAACGAAUCUUGAGGUGUUGAUUCUCAGUGGUAAUUUCUACAAUUUCACAGAGGUUCCUGAAUCAAUCUGUGAUCUCUGCAACCUAAGGGAGUUAGAUCUUAGUGACAACCAGAUCAGAGCUCUUCCUGACAGAUUCGGGCGGUUGGAAAAACUAUUGAAGCUUAAUAUGGAUCAAAAUCCACUCGUGAUACCUCCAAUGACAAUUGUUGACAAAGGGAGCCAAGCGGUGAAGGAUUACAUGGACAUGAGGUGGGCUGAUUUAGUUGCAGAGAAACAGAAGGCUAUGCAUGAGGCAAACAUGCCUCGAGAUCAGAUUGGAUGGUUUGCGCGGGGAUCCUCCAUGUUCAGUAACAUAACUUCUGGGGUCGUGCAAACUAUUUCUGAUUACACAGGAGGAAGAACUGAAACUCACAAAAACCCAUGGUUGUAUCAACAAUUGUGAGUGGAGGAUUGUAUGGUGUUCUUCUCAACCUGGAUUUCUAAGAAAUUUUGUCUAAAUAUAGAAGUACAAUACAUAAAUACACACACAUAAUAUAUAUCGAUAUAUAUAUUUUGCUGCAAAUACUACUGGACUUUGUACCUAUAUGGUAUAAAUUGUGCUUCUAUAUGUAAGAACUCAAUGUGGAAUCAUCAACCAUACUCUCAAAGCAGAAACGUUUUAGAAAUUGAAAUAAAACAGUUGAAGAGAGAUUCAUGUACAGUUUCUAAACUAAAGCAAUUAUGUUUCUGUUUC